ACGUUAAAUGAAUUACGAAAUGUUCGUUUCCGGGUAUAAAAUGUAACGAUCACGCUUAUUGAAAAGAAAAAAAAUGGCGAAUCGCCGCAUUGCUACCACUAUCAAAACAAUUAAGGAUUGAAAUCGAAUGUAUACCACGUGUUAUGGAUUUUGUGCGUAUAUUUGAAUUAGAUUCUAUAUUUUUUUUGUGAUCAUUUGUCAACGAUAAAUAAUAUUUAUAUUUAAUCUCUCAAAUACGUGCCAACAAUUUUAUAUAUACGAGAUUGAGGAAACGUUUCUUUUUUUUUUCUUCGUUUGUACUUGUCACAUUUCUUGGAUUUGCACGAAAGAAGAAACAAGUAGGACGAAAUAAGGUUAUAUAUUUUUAUGUUUGGCGGCAUAUCGAACAAAUUAACUUUUUCUAUAUAUAGUAUUAUUAUUUUUAUAUCGUUUUAUCUAAAAGUAUGUCUCAUAUAUACAUAUAUGAGAUAUAAUAGUGAUGUGCGAUAAAUAUAAUAUUGAGAACGAGGAAAAAGAGAACUUGAUAAUUUAGGAUUUGAAACAACAUUUCCAAAAUGAUUAUUAAAUUUAAAAAAAUAAUAAAUUGUUCCUCGGAACAUCCAUCUUAUCCUGCUAGUAAUCUGUUGGAUCAUCGUAAAAAUAUCUCAUGGAGAUGCGCUAAACCUGGAGAAAUGCUAGCAAGUAUUAUCUUUCAAUUGAAUGAAUCUUCUAUAAUAACAGGUAUUGAUAUUGGUAAUUAUCGUUCUUGCGUUGUUAUUGUCACUGCAUCAACAUUAUUGGAACCCGAUACCUGGAUACCUGUCGUACAACACCAAUUUAUGACAAACGACGAAGCUGCUAAUGGUAAAUUUAAAGAUCAAGUACAAUUAUUCACAAAAAGAGAUCUAAAUCCUGAUAUAUUGAAAACAAAAUUUGAUCGGAUUAAAGUUACUUGUAUGCAGUCUGCGAACUUAAGGGAAUUGUUCGGUCUAAUGUUUUUCAUAGCAAAAACAGAAGUUAUUAUAGACUUAGGGAUUGAUGUUUUUGGUCGCUUUAAAUUAAAACAGAAAGAUCAAAAUAAUGAGAAGACAGAUAUAGACAAAUUUAAAGAGAAAUGUCUCAAGAUGAUAAAUAAUAAAACAAAACCAGAUCCUAUGGGUGAUUUACUUAAAAAGGUAAAAGAAAGUGGUAUGUUAGCUUUCUCGAAACGCCAAGAAGAGGAGAGAGAGCCUAUGAAAAGACCUUUGUUAGAAAAAUUGGAAGCUGGAAAAGCUGAUGAAGUAUUUGGAAAGCAAAAUAAAGUUUCUGAUAAUACUAUAAAUAAAAAUACAUUGACUACGGAUGUAGCAAUAGCUAAUGCUACAGGAAUAAAGGAUAAACAAAAUGAAAAUGUUAAGCGUACGUUAGAAAAAUCGGAAGCUGGAAAAGCUGACGAAGUAUUUGGAAAGCGAAAUAAAGUUUCUGAUAAUACUAUAAAUAAAAAUACAUUGACUACGGAUGUAGCAAUAGCUAAUGCUACAGGAAUAAAGGAUAAACAAAACGAAAAUGUUAAGCGUACGUUAGAAAAAUUGGAAGCUGGAAAAGCUGACGAAGUAUUUGGAAAGCAAAAUAAAGCUUCUGAUAAUACUAUAAAUAAAAAUACAUUGAUUACGGAUGUAGUAAUAAUUAAUGCUACAGGAAUAAAGGAUAAACAAAAUGAAAAUGUUAAGCGUACGUUAGAAAAAUUGGAGGCUGGAAAAGCUGACGAAGUAUUUGGAAAGCGAAAUAAAGUUUCUGAUAAUACUAUAAAUAAAAAUACAUUGACUACGGAUGUAGCAAUAGCUAAUGCUACAGGAAUAAAGGAUAAACAAAAUGAAAAUGUUAAGCGUACUCCAUUUGGAGAUGUUGUGCCAUCAUCGACUCAAAAAAAAGAUAAAACCGAUUUUAAAAAUGGUAAUUGUAACGUCGAGUCAAAAAAACGUUCUUUGACUUUGGAGGAAAAAGAUGAAAAUAAAAAAAUUAAAAAAGAAUGUCCAAGAUGUUCUAACAAAUCAGACGAUAAAUCAUGUUUCAUGUGUGGACGUUUGCCGCAACCCAAACCACUUCCUUCUACCACUAAAGUCAAAAAAAAUAAAUCAAAGAAAUUAUUUAAAGAACUCCUUCGAGGUAUCAGCUUUUCUCUUAGCGGAUAUGUUAAUCCACAAAGAGAUGAAAUUAGAAAGAAAGCACUUUCAAUGGGGGCCAGAUAUAUUGGUAUUCCAAGCGAGUCGAAUGCAUGUAGUCAUUUGAUUUGCGCCUUUAGGAAUACACCGAAAUAUUUACAAUUAAGGAAUUACUCUAAAAUUGUAUCGCAUAUGUUCAUUGAAGACUGCUAUAAUAAGAGAAAAAGAUUCCCAUGGAGAAGAUAUGCUUUGGAUAACAAGGAAAAAAAGAAACCUGAAAGUGAAGAUGAAAUCGAGGCUUAUGCAUCUCCCGAAGAAACGCCUAAUCCAUUCGAAGAAGAUACAGAUUCUGAGACGUAUUAUUAACAAAAUAAGCAAUCUCUUUUUUGAUAAGAAAAUAUUAAAAAUAACAAUACUUUUAUUUUUUAUUUUAUCGUUAUAUACAUAAAAAAAAAACAGUCUUUUUUUAUUUUGACAAAGAAAAUAAUUCUUAUUUUAUUUAGUAUUUUAUAAAGUUAUUUGUCCUUUAUUGAAGUAAUAAAAGUUCUUAUUCUAUGUGCAUUUGAAA